CAAAGUGCCAAAGUGCAAUUAAUAGGCAAUAAAAUGAUUUCUUUUCGCUAAUUCCCUAAUCUUUAAUAUAGAAUAAUUAUUAGAAGUUAAUAACUUAUGGUUUUACACUUUGCUUGUACACUUAUUUCGCAUUUUUGUAUUGAAAUAUUGCUAAACUAUACUACCUACUUAACAAUUUUCAUAAAAUGUUUCAUUACCUAGUGUCAACAUAAUGUACUUAAUUUGUUUCAUAUAUUUGGCUAGUUACCUGAAAGGUAUUUUACCAAUAGUUUUAUCCAGUCAUGCAUUUAAUCCAUACAGUUUAAUUCGCCUUGCUCGAAGUUCACAGAUACACAGUUUAAAAACUGUCCCUUCUAGUUCUGGACUUGUCAAUAAUGUUCAAGUAAACAAUAAAUCACAAAUUGUUUUGUUAACAGAAAAUUCUACAGAAUUCAAUGAUAAUUUUGCUUUAAAAGAACAAUAUGAACUUCAGAAUGAAACAGAUAUAAUUGAUAGAUCAAAUGACACAUAUACAAAUAUCACAUCUUUACCUGAAAUUUCAAGUUAUAUGAAUUCUCAUUUUGUUUUGAUAUCUGGAGCUUCUCUUGCUGGCUGUGUGAUUCUCCUAUCAUUUGUUAUUUUAGGAUAUAUAAUGUACAAAAAAAGUAGAUGGAAUACUCCUCAAGCACUUGAUCAUUGUAGCAAUGCAGACUCUAUUGGUUAUUUAGAUGACAUGUUCAAAGAAAAUUCAGAUGAAAUGUACAGUUUGGACAAUGAUUCAUUUCUAAAUAGCUUGGAAGCCAUGACAAUUCAAAAUUACUGGACAGAAAAUGUCAAACAUACUAAAUUAUAAACUUGGUAGAAAAUUAUCUUAUUAUGUAAUGAAUUCAUGUAGUUAUUGUUUUACCCCAUAUCAAACUUCAUAAACAUACCAUAAAACAAUUAUAUUCAAUAUAUUCCAAACUAAUUUUGAUCCAAGUUAACAUUGUUAUGCCUAUGGUCUAUUCUUAAAUGUACAGAAAAUAUUUUUUAUAUUUAGUCUUUUUUUGAUAUUUUAUUUUAAAAGUUUAUGGAUAACAUUAUAUUAUAUUUUUUAUAGUUGUAUUGUAUAUUGUUAAAAUAUUGAAAACAAUUAUGACUAAAUCUAAAAAAUAAGCUCUAAUUAGAAUUGUAUUUGUUUAUACAAUCAAAUAUGAUGUUACUAAAGAAUGGAAGGUUUAAGAUACAAUUUUACUGUAUACAGUGUGAUGAAAAAUAAAAAUUGAUGUGUAGUAUAUUCUUCUUAUUAGAGUAGAUAAAAUGUAUACUUAUUAUUGCAGAAUAAUUUUAUAUAAACUAGCCUAAUUAUUUUUUUUAUGAACAAAAAUACUUAAGUAUAAUAUUCAAAUUUCA